AUGCCCCUGGAGGGUCACAAGAUGCGUGAGUCUUUGGACAAGGCCAACAAAGAGAUGGAGCAAGCACAACGCGCCGCUCUCCAUGACAUCGGUGACGCAGGCAAUCGCGUGGAACGAGAGCAGCGGCAUCUUGCGGGUGGCAAGCGCGCUGUGCAGGCUGCUGAGCGCGACUGCGCACAGUCAGUAGAAAUGCGUGGCAUCCUCACCACCGACAUCAUGUUCUACCACGACCACUUUGUUGCGCAGAUGCUCGCGUACGACCGCUGCACAGCUUGCAACACAGACGCCCGCAAGACAGGGCGACGGCGAGAGUGCUUCCGUGCUGGCGGCUAUGCCCGCACGAACAAGGCCCGGCAGCUGCUUGUGAACUUGAGCUCUUUCAGCAGCCUGGACCCGGAGACCAAAGCUUGUCCACGCUUUGCCCUUCGCGGGCCAGGAAGGCACUGA